AUGAGUAUCCCACACUGGAGGACUGUUAUGGAACAAGAGUACCAUGCUCUUAUGCAGAAUGAAACCUGGACACUUGUUCCUCCUCCUCGUGACGUCAACAUCAUUGAUUCGAGGUGGGUCUUUGAGGUGAAGAAACAUGGUGACGCGAAGGGUUUUAAGCAGCGCAUGGACUGGAUUGUGAGGAUACAUUCAGCCCGGUUGUCAAGCCUACCACUAUUCGGCAUCUCCUGUCUCUGGCAGUUUCUCGUGGAUGGUCUCUCCGCCAGCUUGAUGUGCAGAAUGCUUUUCUUCAUGGGUUGCUUCAAGAAGAGGUCUACAUGCGGCAGCCACCUGGAUUUGUUGAUCACACUCAGCCUCAUCACCUUUGUCGUCUGA